UGCAGUGAACGCCCAUGUCCAAACAUGGACAUGCAAGUAGACCUACUGUCGGACGAAGGCCUCGCCACUUUACUUCCUAGCCUCUUGAUGACCAACCCACAUCGACACUAUAACCGUCUUGCUACACGCGUCGCCGCCGCUAGCCCCGACAACCCACUUACCUCAGCCAUCACCACUAUCCUUACCGCACCUGCAGAAGACGUCGCCGCCGCAAAAAUCCAAGGCGCACUCUUUGGGUGGGCCGCUCUGCUCCCUUGCCUGCCCAAACUCCGACUCGCAGACUUCCGGCCUGCGCUCCGACGCCUCGCUGACCGUCCAAGCGCACUUGAGCGGCAGCAUGGCCUGCCCAUUGAUGCACGUGAACUCAUCGAGUACAUUGACCGGCGGGAGCCGUGGGUGCCUGUGUCGAAGAGCGACUACCUCGGCCUGCGGAGCCUCGACGCGGUCACGUGCGCAGCGGAAAUGGCGCCGUUCGUGAAGGGCCUGCUGGAGUGGCUGCAGGAUCCAAACUGGCCCAUAGCUGAGGGGUGUGCGAUGCACCUCGCCCGAUUUCCGGAGCUAUGUGCCGAUCCGAUACGGCGCGUGCUGGAAAGGGGCGACGAUGCCGGGUGGGAGAGCCAGUUGUUGUGGUUUGUCAGCGACAAUUUGGCGGUUCGGGACUGUGAACGGAUGCGGGCGGAGUUGGAGCGUAUUGUACAGCGGCCCACACUCGCAGAGGAGGAGGAGGAGCUUGGGGAGGUGGUGUUGGGUAUCUUGGAAAGGAUGGAUUACGCCAGAGACUGA